AUGAAGUGGUUCCGCAAGAAGAAGUCGAAAUCGCUGGGCCACGCCGACGCGCCGGUCUCGAUUCCGUGGGACGCAUUCGCGCGCAGCCCGCUGGCGUCGAGCGCCUCGGGACGACUAGUUGCGCAGCUGCCGCCGAAGGUGCUGCAGUGUAUCUUCGCGCACGUGUGUCCGCAUGCCCGCGACGAGAGUUUCGAGAGCUCCGAGGGGAGCGCGGUCGAGGAUACGUGUCCGUUGUGUGAUUUGAGGGAUUUGGCGCAUUGUGCGCGGGUGUCGAGACGGUGGAGGGAGGUUGCGGGGAGUGUUUUGUAUCAUAGUAUUAGGAUUGAUGCGGUGCAUUAUUGUCCGUUGGAGGAUAUACUGGCCGAGAAGAGGAAACGCAGGACGAAGUUGAAUCGAAAUGCGGAACCAGAAGAUACGGCGAGGGCGAGACUUAUACUGCUGUCUAGAACUUUGAGGGAGUAUUGGGAUACGUAUGCGCUGAGGGUGCAGUAUUUGAAGACGCCGUAUAUGACGAGAGAGACUUGUAAGCCGGAUCUGGCGCGGACGGUAGCAGUCUGCCCGAAUUUGCGGUAUCUGGAUCUCCCAGAAGGAUUCUUUACGGAUGACUUGAGUUGUCAGCCUCUUAGGUUGGAGCUGCAGUCAAGAUGUCCAGAUAUUAGGAAAAUGGCAUAUAAAGAGGGGUCGGAGAAGAAUUUGGAAUUGCUGGUAACGGGGACACUAUGGCGGAAUUUGGAGGUCUUGGAGUUGUCGAGAUUGAAUAUGGAUCCGUCGAUACUGCGGCAAGCACUGGGACGUCUGCCACAAUUACAUGCGAUCAAAGUUACGGAUAUGGAGGCAUUUAAUGACCGGAUACUUCAGCAUAACGAUUACCUCCCUCCCUUUCCCGCCCUGAAAGAGCUCCUCCUCGAAAACGUACCCAACAUAACGGUGGAAGGGAUGACUGCUUGGCUGCAGCGACGAGACGUACAGCAUACAUUAAAGACAUUGUCUUUUACAGAAACAGGCGUUCAUCCAACAACACUGAAACCAAUAUUAGACCUGGCUCCAAUCCUACAAAAUCUCACAAUCGUCGAAAGCGUAUCCACCUCCCUACCAGCCGGCAUCCCCCCUCUAUCCUCCAAAUCCCUCCGAACAUUCCACUACGAAAUCACCGCCAGCGCAUCCACCAGCUCCUACAACAAUACCACCUCAAGCUACUAUAAUUAUCUCACCUCCUCCCUCCUCUCCCGCGGCCUCCCUAAUCUCCGUGAACUUUACGUCCGCGAUCCCGACUUCCCCGAAUCCCUCAUCGGCCUCGCACCCCCUACCGCCCCCUUCCAAUCCGACCCUUCACACGUCCCUCAACCCUACGCCUCCUCCCCAACCCAAAACCGUCUCUCCUCCAACAACCCCUUCGCAAACAUGGUUCACGCCAGGCCGGUCCUGCGCCAAGAACUAGAAGUCUACAGCAAAGGCCUCGACGAAAUGGAGUGGAAUUUCUCGAAAGUCGAACCGCCGAGAGGACACAACCGCUCUGGAAGCGCGAGCGCCCCACGCCCGAUCAGUAGUUAUGGAUUGAGUGAUAGCAUUGCGAAACCGUGGGCUGCGAAUGCGGGGGCACGGAAGAGUAUUAUUGUCGGGAAUGGGUUUGGCGGGUUGUUGAAGGUGCCGUCGGAGGAUGGGAGGAGACCGAGUAGUUCGGCGGGGGAGAGGGGGAAGAGGGGUAGUCAGAUGGAUAUGUGGAGGUAG